AUGGAUGAGUACAUGUUCGGGCGACGCAGACAGCGUCGAAACCGGACCACCUUCACAGCGCAGCAGCUGAGCGAGCUGGAGGCGCUCUUCCAGAGAACCCACUACCCAGACGUCUUCCUGAGGGAGGAGGUCGCCUGCAGGAUCAACCUGUCAGAGGCCCGUGUGCAGGUAUGGUUCCAGAACCGGCGAGCCAAGUGGCGUAAACAAACCCGGAUGCAGUUCGUCCAGGACGCCUGGCGACUCCGCUAUCUGGGGCUGUCGCCACCGGCCUGGCUCACUCGCUCCCCUCCGCCGCCCCCCGGCCCGGCCAGCCCACCUAGUGGGCGGAGCCAGGCCUCGGCGCUGCCCUCGCCGCCCCUCCCCUUGCCGCCUACCUCCGCCUCCGAGGCCGGGGUGGGCGGGGACCGGACCGGCAGCUCCGCCCCUCGCCCGGCUUCCCCGCCGACGCCGCCGACAGACCUGACGACGGCUGAUCGUCUGGCGGCCGCUACCAGCCUGGGGGCGGCGGCGGCUGCGGCGGCCAGCCUGCGGUGGCGGGGCGGGGAGGAACACGUGGGGUGCCUGGGGCCCGGCCUGUGCCCCUGCCUCUCACACGGUCCCCUCCAUGACCACCCCUUCCUGCCCCGCCUGCCCCUGCCCCUACACCUCCAUGGAGCACAGGUCGGAAGUCGGCCGACGUCCCCCGAAAAGCGGCCGGCGCCCAGGGAACUACCAGACCCCCAGCGACGAGACGACAACGAAGAGGAGCUCACCGUGACUCAAGAGAGUGACGACGACCUCACCCCGACUGACCUGUCCUCCGCUAGCAUGACCUCGGCCGCCGCCAAGUAGGAGAGGGUCGUGGCCAUGUCCGCGACCUCACUGUUACUAUGGUCACCAGGACGCUCGUGCGAGGGGAAGAAUUAAUCCCUGGCGACCUUAAACGAUCACACAACAAUCAAGAAGACAUCCCAAUAUAUAUAAUAAUGUUUAACCUGUGAUAACAUAACAAGUUAUCGUGUUUAAUAAACUUUUAUAUCGAAAUACAUCAACCAGGAGGUAAUUUGACUUUUGAUCCACUAAUACCCAGCGUACCACAUAGUAAGCUGGGUAGUGAGCCAUUUCCUAGGGCCUGCGUUCCUUAAUAUUCCAGAACAUGACGCCACACUCAGUUCCAAAGUUCUCUAAACGUACUGUGAAUAUGACGUUCCGGAGGAAGAACGUCACUAAACGUAAGUUCGUCCUAUCCCGCUGGGUGUUUUAUGGUACAAGUGUAAGACAAACUAAUACUUAAGUCAAGUUACAUAACAGAGGAGACAGUGUUGUACUAGAUGUCUUGUUUUCUUGCCAAGGAAACGUCCUUCACGCCUCGAUAGAGAGCAAGCACCAUUCUUUCCCCAAGAGACAACAGGCACCAGGGCUAUAAGUUCUCCUGAUCGUACCGAAUCACCAGUGGAAGGAACCGUGAUUCAAGGCGACCAUUCCCGUUAUCUACCAGAAACUUACUGAAGGCACCAAGAGACUCACAAGCACACUCUCCAAGUAUUCACCAAGCCAUCUUCCAAGUCGGAACUCGUAACGCAUCAACCAGCUCCCCCGGCAAUCGUCCCUCACCAAGCAUGAGAAGAUGACAGUUCUGACAUUUGCUCCAAAGGGAUCUGACAUCAGCACCAAUAACAGAACUCCUUUCAAUUGUGCGCGUUUGUGUCUAUAAAUGCACUGUAAAUACCAAAACUCUAAUAACCCACUAAACAUUUAUAACUUAACCAAAGACGUUGAAAUUAUACUAAUAAUGAUAGCAAUAAUAACAAAACCAAUAAAAUAAUAAUAAUAAUAAUUAAUAAUAAUAGUGAUACAGCAACAAAACUUGACUCUUGAACGUCUGCUGUUCAACUCGAGAACAAUAAUUAGCUUGAAGAUAUUGUGUAUAUUAGAUUAAAACGUUAUAGAUAUUAUAUAUCACCAGGGCUUUAGAUGUUGAAGUGUUUGAUGUGACUCCUUGUCCCAGACGCUACGCUCUUUUUGUGUUAAAUAUUUGACUAAAUGUUUGCACGGGGUGACCAGAGCGGUACCACAGGGCAGGUACUGUACCACCCAUGUACCAUUCACGAGUGACAUUGUACCGUAUAUCACGAAGCAUGUAGUAAGUACAGUGCAAUCCGAAUGCUGUACCACGAAUUAUGUAAUACACUCCGUCUACUAGGCGUUCUGUACCGUGAAUCAUGUAUGACGGUCCGUGUACUACGAGUUCUGUACCAUAGACCAUGUAAUACGUACCACGUCUUAUGAAAACUGUACCAUGCAGUACAUGCUAUGUACCAUAGCUAAUGUACCUGUAACAUGAUCUAUGUGUAGGCACAUAAUUCUGAUCCGUGUACCCGGUGCUGUUUAACCACCCCAGUGAUAUA